AUGUACAGUCAUUAUCUAGACGCCCUUUCCAUAUGUAGGAUCUAUGGCAACCCACAGUACUUUAUCACGUUUACAUGCAAUGUGAAGUUGCUAGAGAUCACCCGCUAUAUGGAUGCACAUCAUCAGACCGAUCCCCAUAGUAGAGCUGAUAUCAUUGCUAGGGUCUUCAAUAUCAAAGUUCAUGACUUUAUCCGGUUUCUUAAGGAAGACAAAACGUUUGGCGUCGUUGAAGCAUAUCUCUAUACUAUUGAAUUCCAGAAAAGAGGACUUCCUCAUUGUCAUACCUUGGUGUGGGUGUCAGCGUCAGAUCGGAUAAAAAUAGGAAGUGAUGUUGACAGGUAUAUCACAGCUGAACUGCCAGAUCCAGUUAAUGAGGCAGAAUUAUACGAGACGAUAACAAGCUGUAUGAUCCAUGGUCCAUGUGGACCACUUAACCAAAAGGCUCCAUGUAUGAAAGAUGGUAAAUGCAGUAAACACUUCCCUAAGCCAUUUCUUCCUGCUACAUUUUUGACACAGAUGGAUAUGUACGGUACAAACGUAGCUCAACUGCGCACUACACUAGCCAAUAUGGACAGAUUGUUGACAAUGGAUAUAUUGUGCCCUACAACAAAAGGCUUUGUUCACGAUUCCGUGCACAUAUUAAUGUUGAGUACUGUGGCUGGAGCAUGAUGAUUAAGUACCUAUUUAAGUAUAUUUCUAAAGGUCCAGACCGUGUUAGAUAUUGUAUCAAAAAGGCAGAAGCUUCACAUGGAUCAUCCAGUUCAAUGCCUACUGAUAGCUUUCACAGAUCUGCAAAUGAAGAUAGUCGUCCUAUAAAUGAAGUCCAAAUUUUUUCGGAUGGGCGAUAUAUAUGUCCACAUGAGGCAGCAUGGCGGAUUUUGGACUUCAAUAUACAUCAUCGACAUCCAUCUGUUCAGAUUCUAACCGUUCAUGAAGAAAAUAUGCAACAAUUGAUCUUCAAAGGGGACAGCUCCAUACCCGAGGUUUUAUCUAAUCCAGUUGCCAGCAUAACAACGCUACUUGGAUGAUUCGAAAGCAACUCAAGGGACCCUAAAGGUCAUGAAUUGACAUAUCUUGAUUAUCCAAAAAGUUACAAAUGGGAUAAAAUAAGUAAGAGUUGGGGUCGGCGGGUUUAUGAAUCAUCAAAAGCGGUAGGCCGGCUAGUAUUUGUACAUCCGACAUGUGGGGAAUUAUUUUACUUACGGAUGCUAUUAUGUCACCAGAAAGGAUGUACAUCGUUUGAUGACUUGCGUACCGUUUCUGGUACUGUUUACCCAACUUUCAGAGCUGCCAGUAAUGCACUUGGAUUGAUAGGUGAUGAUAUCGAGUGGUUGACAUGUUUCACAGAGGCUUCAGUCUGGGCAACUGCAUCACAACUACGAUCGCUUUUCUGUCAUCUACUGUUAUUCUGUGAGGUUAGCAAUCCACUUUUGCUGUGGAAUACAGCGUGUGAUCAGAUGAAAGACGAUUAUUUACAUUGCCUCACAACUGAAAUACCAGAUAAGACAGUUGCUUCUGUUGCAGAGAUAGUUGAACAACAACUGCUUCAUGAUUUAGAAGAUACACUCCGUUAGGCGGUCCCAUCAAAAUCGAUGGUAGACUUUGGCCUUCCUCUUCCAGUUCCGUCAAUGGAUAUGAUUGCUGUCCUACGAAAUCAACUGCUCUUGGAAGAAAUGAGCUACGACAAGGAAGCACUACUGAAACAUCACAAUGAUCUCCUACCAAAGCUAAACGGUGACCAGCGAUCAGUCUACAACAAAGUUGUUACUUCCAUACAAGACAAAAAAACAAACACUAAUAUUUGUCUAUGGACACGGUGGUACUGGUAAAACAUUUUUGUGGACAACUAUUCUUUCACAUUUGAGGUCGAGUGGCAAGAUUGCUUUGGUUGUUGCUGCUUCUGGAUUCGCAUCGCUUUUGUUACCCUCUGGCACGACUGCACACUCAAGGUUCAAAAUACCUAUCGAUUUAAACGACAAAAAGUCAUGUGAUAUAAAAAAACGCACCUUCCUUGGAGAUCUUCUGCAACAUACAACACUCAUUAUCUUGGAUGAGGCACCGAUGAGUAACAGAAGGUGCUUUGAAUUUUUGGACCGUUCACUUAGAGAUGUCCUGGAUUGCGACGAAAAACCAUUCGGAGGCAUAUCUAUACUCCUUGGUGGUGAUUUCCGCCAAACUCUUCUUGUUCUACCAAAGAGUACACGUUCCGAAAUCAUAGCAUUAACUCUACCAAGUUCGUAUUUAUGGAAAUACUUUAGUAUUCACUUCUUACAUACGAACAUGAGACUAGAGUCCUGUGAUGUAGUACCUCACGGUACAAUGUCCUCAUCGGAUUUUGCCACGUGGCUGCUGGCUAUUGGUAAUGGACUUAUAGGUGUACCUGACAAAGAUGACCCACGGGACACAAGUUGGAUACAAAUUCCACCUUCACUUCUAAUUUCACCUUCCUCCAAUUAAUUGCAAACCUUAAUAGAUUUUGUCUAUGGGGAUGGUACACUUAAGCAGCCGACUGCAGGAGACCUUUCAUCAAGAGCAAUAGUUUGUCCCAAAAACGAUUCAGCAGAUGAGAUAAACACUCAUGUUUUAGAAACGGUCACAACAGCUGCGAAGGUAUAAGGUAGCACAAACUCCAUGCAGCCAAAUGGAAAACAUACAUCGGAUUUGGAGGGGCUCUAUCCAAUUGAAUACCUAAACCAACUAAGCUUUCCAGGAAUACCACUACACGACCUUUUACUUAAGGUCAACUGUCCGAUAAUGUUGUUAAGAAACAUAAAUCAAAAAGAAGGCUUAUGUAAUGGUACCCCUAUGAUUGUGUCACAAUUGUUACCAACUGUUAUCGAAGCCACAAUCAUAACCGGUACAUCCAUCGGAAAACGUGUAUAUAUAUACCACGCAUAAAGUUCAUACAUAAGUCAUCAGAUCUACCAUUCAUCUUUUCGCGAAAACAGUUUCCAGUUAAGGUUUGUUACGCAAUGACUAUCAACAAGAGUCAAGGGCAAUCACUACGUAAAAUUGGUAUCUAUUUGUCACAGUCUGUCUUCGCACACGGACAACUUUACAUUGCCCUUUCCCAUGCAACAUCACCGGAUUCCAUAAAGAUACUAAUAAACAACACUGACACAAUGAAAACCAACAUAACAAAAAAUGUUGUCUUGAAAGAUCUACUGCAGAAAGUUACUUUCAUGAACCUUACUACUUUUUACUUUUUUCAUACAUUCUUUGCUAUUCCAAAACUCUUUACAUGUUUAUUCACUUUUUUAUAUUCAUCUGGAUAUACUACUGACCUCCAUAUCUUUUCUUA